UAUUGUUUAGCAUCAUAAUUUCUGGGGCAGUUUAUGGUCAGAACCAGCUGAUGACGACCCCAUCAGAACCCUGACCGGUUCUGGAUCUGGGCUUCUGCUAGUCGACUUGGACUGGGCCAGAACUUCUGCAGGACCAGAUCAGGUCCGGCGUGAAGGAUCCCAUUGUGUUCUGGGGAGGUCAAAGGUCGACCCAGAGAAAACUGAUGGAAACAGAACCGUCUUUGUGUUCUGAUGGGUCCAGAUGAGUCACUGAGAUUCUGCUCUUCUACUGAGCUGAGAAAAUCCUGGGAGCCUUCCAGCUCUUGGUUCUGGUCUUGGUUCUGGUCACAGGACGUGUUUCUGUGUUGCAGGUGGAGGACGGGAUGAAUGUUCUGAUUACGGGUCCAAAUGGCUGCGGGAAGAGUUCGCUGUUCAGGAUCCUCAGUGGGCUCUGGCCCGUUUACAGAGGAGCUCUGUACCGACCAGAACCGCACAACAUGUUCUACAUCCCCCAGAGGCCUUACAUGUCAGAGGGAACCCUCAGAGACCAGGUCAUCUAUCCGGACUCGGUGGACGACUUGGUCCGGAAGGGACUGACGGAUUCGGACCUGGAGGAGAUCCUCCGGACCGUCCACCUGCUCUACAUCCUGGACAGGGAGGGCGGCUGGGAGUCUGUCAGCGACUGGAAAGAUGUUCUUUCUGGAGGAGAGAAGCAGAGGAUGGGGAUGGCCCGCAUGUUCUACCACCGGUACCUUCACUGCUUCUUCACUGAUAGUUCAGGUCCAACCGGUUCAGGCGUUGGGGGUCAUGGUGCCUCCCUGUGACAUCAUAGAGAGCUGUGAUUGGUGGGUGUGGUGAUUCUCUUCAGCUGAUUGGCCGUCUCCCCCGCAGGCCGCGGUACGCCCUCCUGGAUGAAUGCACCAGCGCCGUCAGCAUCGACGUGGAGGGAAAGAUCUUCCAGGCUGCAAAGGAUGCUGGGAUAGCG